AAAGGGGGCACCUUGGUUUAGAGCAGACCAUUCUUAACAACUAUGGAAUCAGCAAUCAGCAUACUUUGAUGAUUCAAAUUCAAACUCUGAUUAUUAUUUUUAGUUAUCCGAAAUUAUUUCAUUUCCUAAAUCUAAAGCCCCUCAUUUCUAGGGUUCCAAGAAUUUCAAAUUUGUUACUGAUAUCCAUCGAUUAAACAAACAAUCCACCAGUUUCUAGGGUUCCUCACUUCGUCUCUGUGUGUUUACUUACACACGCAUGAUCGAGGAGGAUGUAUAGCAAUUUCAAAGAGCAGGCGAUCGAGUAUGUGCGGCAAGCGGUGCAGGAGGACAAUGCGGGGAACUACGCCAAGGCGUUCCCGCUGUACAUGAACGCCUUGGAAUACUUCAAGACUCACCUCAAGUACGAGAAGAACCCCAAGAUCAAGGAGGCCAUCACCCACAAGUUCACGGAGUACUUGCGCCGUGCGGAGGAGAUCCGAGCUGUGCUUGAUGAGGGCGGCACCGGCCCCGGCCCCGCUUCCAACGGGGAUGCGGCCGUGGCUUCCAGGUCUAAGACCAAGCCUAAGGAUGGGGAGGACGGGGAGGAUCCUGAGCAGUCCAAGCUCCGGGCUGGGCUCAACUCGGCGAUCGUUAGAGAAAAGCCUAAUGUCAAGUGGAGUGAUGUUGCCGGGCUAGAGAGCGCCAAGCAGGCCUUGCAGGAGGCUGUGAUUUUGCCUGUUAAGUUUCCUCAGUUUUUCACUGGCAAGAGGCGCCCAUGGAGAGCUUUUCUUUUAUAUGGUCCUCCUGGAACAGGGAAGUCCUACUUAGCUAAGGCUGUUGCUACUGAGGCAGAGUCAACAUUUUUCAGUGUAUCAUCAUCUGACCUUGUUUCAAAGUGGAUGGGGGAAAGUGAAAAGCUUGUUUCUAACCUUUUCGAAAUGGCUCGUGAGAGUGCUCCUUCCAUUAUAUUCAUUGAUGAAAUAGAUUCCUUGUGUGGACAACGUGGGGAAGGAAAUGAGAGUGAAGCAUCCAGGCGUAUCAAAACAGAGCUACUUGUGCAGAUGCAGGGGGUUGGACAUAAUGAUGAUAAAGUUCUUGUCCUUGCAGCCACAAAUACUCCGUAUGCUCUUGAUCAGGCAAUUAGGAGACGAUUUGACAAGCGGAUAUACAUCCCUCUACCAGACUUGAAGGCACGGCAGCACAUGUUCAAAGUUCAUUUAGGGGACACCCCUCACGACUUGAGUGAAAGUGGCUUCGAAGAUUUGGCUCAUAAAACGGAAGGUUUUUCUGGCUCUGAUAUAUCUGUUUGUGUUAAAGAUGUCCUCUUUGAACCUGUUCGUAAAACACAAGAUGCUAUGUUCUUCAUUAAGACUUCUAAUGAUACAUGGAUGCCAUGUGGACCAAAGCAACCAGGUGCUGUCCAAACAAAUAUCCAAGAGCUUGCUGCAAACGGGCUUGCUUCAAAGAUCAUUCCCCCACCCAUUACAAAGACAGAUUUCGAUAAGGUGCUUGCACGACAAAGGCCGACAGUGAGCAAAUCUGAUCUCGACGUGCACGAGAGAUUUACACAGGAGUUUGGAGAGGAAGGUUGAUGAAACUGACAUGAUUUGCGUUCACCAUUGCUUUGUUCAUGUGCUUGUUCUCCCUCCUAUGUUUUCGUCUACUUGUUCAAGGCAGUACAUAUCAAUCUGAGGCCUCUUGUAAUGGGAAAUGAACAUGAAUUUCAAUGGUAUUAUGGAUUGCUUGUAUUUAUCCAACUGGAAAUGUAACAUUCAGAUUCCUGAGUUGCAAUUACUGUCAAUAUUCAAGUGAUCCAUUUUCCGGCCA